GUGGAAAAAUAUCGUGUAAAUUUUGUGUUGAAGAAGGUGCACUGUGGCCAGGGUAUAUAAAGUUUUGACCUGAUAUCAUUUUAAUUAGUUUAACAAUACACCUCAUUUGGAGUACACGAACAGAGUCAUUUGGAUUACCGACCUGAGUGUGGAAUAAUUUCUCUGAAGACUUUUUUAAUUUCGAUUUUUGUGUGGUUUAGAGUGAAAUUUACUCGUUUCCAAAGAUGCAUUUCAAAUCGCUACUUUUCGUUUUGAUCUUGACGGUGGUCGUCAACCACAAUGUUGAAGGAACUGCACUGCUGAAGGCAAAGAUUGGUUUAUUGAAAGCGAAAACAGUGGCUGUAGCUGCACCCCAUGUAGCAGCUAAGAUUGCUGUUGCUAAGGAAAUUAAGGCCAAGAAAGCAUUCGCAUUUGCUCAAGCGGUUGCAGCCAUCAAGGCAAAGAAGGCAGCUACACUCGCCGUACUAACAGCUCCGUUUAAAGUUGCCAAGAAAACUGUUGUCCUAAAAGCGGGAGCUCUAGCAGCUGCAAAAGCUUUGAAAGUCGCUAAAGUAGCCCAUGUUGUCGGUUCAUUGAAGAAGCCGAUUCUGAUUCCAGUCGGCAUUCCAAUUCCAGUUCCAGUUAAAUUACCGUUGCCAAUCCCAUUCAAAGAUCCAAUUGCAACAUUAGGCGCUGGUGCCCUUGGUUUCGGAGCUGGUUUGAAAGCUGGAAGUGCCGCUGGAGUUGGAGCUGGAGCUGCUGGACUCGGUGCUGGAGCUGCUGGACUCGGCGUUGGAGCUGCUGGACUCGGUGCUGGAGCUGCUGGUCUUGGUGCUGGUGCAUUUGGUACUGGUGCAGGUUUACUAGGUGCUGGACUCGGAUCAGCUGGUCUUGGUUCUGGAUUACUUGGAAGCGCAAUAAGCAGUGGUCUUGGUGUUGCACGCGGUGCUACUGACGUUGCUGCUACUGGUGCUUCUGGAUUAUUAAAUGGUGCACUCGCAACUUUGACGAACCCAGUUCAAGGACUCUUAACCGGCGCCCAAUCGAUCUUUCAAGGCUCACUACCUCCAUUCCUUUCCACAUUGACGAACGGAGUUGCUUCUCGUGCUACCGUAUCCAACCAGUAUGCUGUUCCUGAAGCACACCAAGAACCCGUCUACCACAGAUUCGUCCCAAUUUCUGGCAGCAGUUACAAUCGAGGAUAUUCCAGUCCAAGUGUACCGCAUAAUUCAUAUGAACUUCCACACACAUCGUACGAAGUACCGAGCCAGUAUGGCUCUCCACAUCAUUAGUAUUUUGAUAUACUGAGGAAUGUGAUUUUAGUUGAAUUUUAAUUUAGUUAAAUUGAAUUUAGUUUAGGUUCCAUGUUUCGUUGUAGUAGUGCUAGUAUAUUAAGUGAAUCUUCUAAUCUAAUCUAAUCUAAUCUAAUUGAUUGACUGUGUAGAAUUAUGUAAAAGACAAGACGAUAGAAAUAAACCAAAGUUUAAA